AUGGCCAAUUCCACCUCGUCAUCCGGCCAGGCCUCCUUUCGUCCGGCGUUGGACCACGCCAGAAACUGUGAAGACGGCAAUAUCGAUGCGGAAACAUCCCAGAUCCUCGAGGCCGCCAUCGCAGAUCUAUGGCGCCGCAUCGAGGCCCAACCGACUACCUACACCCUGACCAGUGACGAAUUUGCUCUUUUCAACUAUUUCAUCAAACGCUUUAGUGGGAAUCCCGUCGCGCGGGACGCGAUCGCCCGGUAUUGGGAUAAUAUUGGGCGGAACGGGGGCAGUCCGACAGCAAAGACAUAA